AUGGGUAGCACCAACGAAGAUUGGAUUAGCGAGCCCAUCGCCAUUAUUGGCUUAAGCUGCCAGUUUGCAGGAGAUGCAAGCAGUCCCGAGAAGCUGUGGGAUAUGCUGGCCGAGGGGCGAAACGCCUGGUCUGAGAUACCGUCCUCACGGUUCAAUCCCAAGGCGGUUUACCACCCCGAUAGCGAGAAGCUAAGCACGACCCAUGUCAAAGGCGCUCACUUUUUAGAGCAAGAUAUUGGCCUUUUCGAUGCCGCGUUUUUCAAUUUUUCGGCCGAGACUGCAGCAGCUCUAGAUCCCCAAUUUAGAUUUCAGCUUGAGUCUGUAUAUGAGGCCUUGGAAAAUGCCGGCCUUGCCAUUUCCCAAAUCGCAGGGUCUAACACAUCCGUUUAUGCCGGCGUGUUCACGCACGACUACCACGAGGGGUUAAUCAGAGAUGAGGACAAGUUGCCGCGGUUCUUGCCCAUCGGCACCCUGUCAGCUAUGUCGUCGAAUCGCAUAUCUCACUUCUUUGACUUGAAAGGUGCCAGCAUGACGAUAGACACAGGCUGUUCGACGGCCCUCGUUGCUUUGCACCAAGCCGUUCUUGGUCUGCGCACCGGCGAAGCCGAUAUGUCCAUCGUGAGCGGAUGCAACCUGAUGUUAUCCCCGGACAUGUUCAAAGUGUUUUCAUCCUUGGGAAUGCUGUCACCCGAUGGUAAGUCAUACGCCUUCGAUUCACGAGCCACCGGCUACGGCCGCGGAGAAGGGGUGGGCACCAUUGUCAUUAAACGGCUCAAGGAUGCCCUGGAAGCAGGCGAUCCGGUUCGAGCCGUGAUCCGGGAGAGUUAUCUGAACCAGGACGGAAAAACCGAGACAAUUACGUCGCCGUCACAGUCUGCACAGGAGGCGCUCAUCCGCGAAUGCUACCGUCGAGCCGGCCUCAACCCCCACGACACGCAAUACUUUGAGGCACAUGGCACAGGGACGCCCACGGGUGACCCCAUUGAGGCGCGAUCCAUUGCCGCUGUUUUCGCACAGGGCCGAACGGAGCCGCUCCGCAUCGGCUCUGUCAAGACCAACAUCGGCCACACCGAGGCAGCAUCGGGAUUGGCCGGUCUUAUUAAGGUGGUGCUGGCCAUGGAGAGGGGCCAAAUUCCGCCAAGUGUCAACUUUAAAAAGCCCAACCCUAAGUUGCAGCUGGAUCAAUGGGGACUCAAGGUGGCUUCAAAGCUGGAGCCAUGGCCAGCGGCGAAAGACAGGCCCUGGCGUGCUUCCGUCAACAACUUUGGCUACGGUGGAACCAACAGUCAUGUCAUUGUCGAGAGCAUUAGGUCAUUGGCAUCAUCAUUGCCUUCCCAGCUGAGCAACGGCACACACUACCCCAUUGACAGCAAGACUAAGGCAGAGAGCAAGGUACUCAUCUUCUCCGGGCGCGAUGAGCAAGCUUGUCAGCGUAUGGUGUCCAACACCAAGGAGUACCUGCUGAGAUGUAAGCUGCAGGACCCUGGGAUGACAGCCGACAAGACAAAUUCCUUAAUGCGAGACUUGACAUGGACGCUCACGCAGCACCGUUCACGCUUCGCGUGGGUGUCGGCACAUGCAGUAAAGUACUCGAAUGACCUGGACAAAGCCAUCGAGAGCCUGGACGCACCACAGUUCAAGCCCGUGAGGCUCUCAGAUACACCAGCCCGGAUCGGCAUGGUGUUCACGGGCCAAGGAGCACAGUGGCAUGCCAUGGCCCGCGAGCUCAUUGACACGUACCCCGUGUUUCGAUCGUCACUGUACGAAGCCGAGCGCCAUCUGCGCACAAUUGGAGCGGACUGGUCUCUCACUGAGGAGCUGAUGAAAGAUGCAGCCACGACUCGCGUCAAUGAUACAGGCCUCAGCAUCCCCGUUUGUGUUGCGGUGCAAAUCUCACUGGUCCGGCUGCUUAGGUCAUGGGGUAUUUUGCCCUCGGCCGUGACGAGCCACUCGUCUGGAGAGAUCGCGGCGGCUUAUGCAGUAGGGGCAUUGACUCCGCGCCAGGCUAUGGCUGUCGCCUAUUACCGUGCAGUCAUGGCCGCGGACAAGACGCUUCGAGGUUCCCACGGCGGCCCGAAUGGUGGAAUGGUUGCUGUGGGUGUUGGCAAAGAGGCUGCUCAGGCCUAUUUGGACAAGGUCAAGACUGCCACUGGGAAGGCGGUGGUGGCUUGCAUCAAUAGCCCCAGUAGUACUACUAUUGCUGGAGACGAAGCAGCUGUACAAGAAAUUGAGGAGCUUGCUACGGCAGACGGAGUCUUCGCUCGCCGCCUCAAGGUCGAGACCGGAUACCACUCUCACCACAUGCAGCCUAUUGCCGAGCCAUACCGAAAAGCUCUUCGCUCUGUACUGACUCAAAAUGAAAAUGGCCUCGAGGGCCAAGAAUGGCUUGACAGCCUGGACGGAGUAGAAAUUCCAGACGGGGAGUCCUGGGCUGAGCGAUAUCGUGCAGCACUGAGGGAUGCUAUUCCAGAUGCAACCGCGAAAGGAAACCUAGACAAAAUCAUCUUCUCUUCUCCCGUUACCGGUGGCCGAGUAACCAGUGCCGAGGUACUGGCUGAUCCAGAACACUGGGUACGCAGCCUGUUGCAGCCCGUGCGGUUCGUUGAGGCCUUCACAGAUAUGAUCCUUGGUGGUGAUUUGGAUGAGUCAGGCUUCAGCAAUGUUGAGGUGAUCCUUGAGGUUGGGCCACACACAGCGCUCGGUGGUCCCAUAAAGGAGAUAUUGUCACAGUCCGACUUUAAGGGCGUCACGUUACCUUACAUGGGCUGCCUAGUUCGCAAGGAAGAUGCUCGCGAUUGCAUGCUCACGGCAGCUAUCAAUCUCCUCGGCAAAGGCCAUCAGGCCAAUUUGGUCAGAAUGAGCUUCCCGUGGGACCUUAAAGGAACCGCCAAGCCAAAUGUACUGACCGACCUGCCCCCGUACCCAUGGGAUCACAAGAAAAGACACUGGAAUGAGUCGCGGCGCAGCCAGGCAUACCGCCAAAGAAGUCAAGAGGCUCACGAUCUUCUUGGAGCGUUGGUGCCGGGAACCAACCCAGACGCAGCCUCUUGGAGGAACAUCAUAAAGCUUUCGGAGGCGCCUUGGCUAAGAGACCAUGUCGUCCAGGGCAAUAUUUUGUAUCCCGGUGCAGGAUUUGUGUGCCUGGCCAUUGAAGCAAUGAAGAUGCACACGGCUUUGGCAAGCACAGGCACCGAGACGACUGAAUUGUUGGGCUUCAACCUGCGCGACGUGGAGAUACACCAGGCCCUAGUGAUAGCGGACACGGCUGAUGGCGUGGAAGUGCGGACGAUACUCAGGCCUGUGCCAGAGAAGACGAUUGGCGCCCGUGGCUGGAAGCAGUUUGAAAUUUGGUCGGUGACCACCGACAGCGAGUGGACGGAGCACGCCAGGGGUCUCAUCACAGUCAAGCUGUCGAUGAACACAACGAAGACUGACAGAACCACUGCUAUCAUGAAUGGAGGUGCAGCCAGCUUCUUGGACGAAUCAGGCUACACCCGACGCAUCGAUCCGCAAGAUAUGUUCUCCAGUCUCCGCGCAAAGGGCCUUAAUCAUGGACCCAUGUUCCAAAACACGAUGAGCAUUUUACAGGACGGUAGAGGGAAAGAACCGCGUUGCGUUGUCACUAUCAACGUCGCCGAUACUUCAUCUUCCAAAGAUAAGGGCAGGCACCCUCAAAGCGUGCUGCAUCCCACAACGCUGGACUCCAUUGUCCUCUCUUCGUACGCGGCAGUUCCCGAUGCAGAGUCGGGUAACGACAACAGCGCCCGGGUACCACGAUCCAUCCGGAAGCUGUGGGUGUCGAGCAGCAUCACCAGCACUCCCAGCCACGGUUUCAUCUGCAAUGUCAGGAUGCCACAUCACGAUGCGCAAAGCUACGAGGCCUGCGUCAGCGUCUUGGAUCAAGAAAACGAAAACAAUGAAAUCCAGCCUGUGCUUGAGAUGGAGGGCCUUGUGUGUCAGUCUUUGGGCCGCAACGCAGUAGGAGAGGACAAGGAACCAUGGACCAAGGAGCUAUGCGCCAACGUCCAGUGGGCUCCUGAUCUUGGCCUCUCAUUAGGAUUGCCGGGUUCACAGGAAGCUAUCGACAAGAGGCUCAACACGCUCUGGGACCAAGAUGCAGACACAGAUAGCCGGAGUAUCGAGGUUCAAACCGUGCUGAGGCGCGUGUGCGUUUACUUCAGCCACGACGCACUUCAGUCGCUAACCGAGAAAGAUGUUGCCAACCUCGCAAGUCAUCAUGUCAAGUUCUAUGAAUGGAUGAAAGACACCGUGAGCUUUGCGGACUCGCGUCGCUGGAGCUCCAACAGCGACACCUGGAAAAAUGACACCCCUGCGGUACGCCACCAAUACAUCGACCUCGCUACAAAACAGACCGUUGAUGGAGAGCUGAUAUGUCAACUGGGGCCGCUGCUUUUGUCCAUGCUGCGCGGAGAGAGGGCUCCCCUUGAGGUCAUGAUGGAGGGUCGACUGUUAUACAAGUACUAUGCCAACGCCUAUAGGCUGGAGCCAGCCUUUGCGCAGUUGAAGUCGCUCUUAGGUGCCGUCUUGCACAAAAGUCCUCGGGCACGCGUCCUUGAAAUCGGAGCUGGAACAGGAGCUGCUACACGACACGCUUUGAGAACACUUGGCACUGACGAAGAUGGCGGCCCUCGGUGCGAGAGCUGGCACUUUACAGACAUCUCUUCUGGCUUUUUCGAGGCGGCCAGGGCCGAGUUCUCGUCCUGGGGAAACCUGUUGGAGUUUGACCGGCUCGACAUUGAACAAAGUCCGGAAGCCCAGGGCUUCACCCUGGCCAGCUAUGACAUUGUCGUGGCAUGUCAGGUGCUGCACGCAACCAAGAGCAUGGCGCGAACCAUGAGCAACGUCCGUAGCUUGAUGAAGCCUGGAGCAACACUGCUGCUUAUGGAGACGACGCGGGAUCAAAUCGACUUGCAAUUCAUCUUCGGCUUGCUGCCCGGGUGGUGGCUGAGCGAGGAACCUGAGCGUCAUUCGAGUCCGUCGCUGUCAAUUGAUAUGUGGGACAGGAUUCUCAAGGGCGCGGGGUUCACCGGUGUCGAAAUUGACCUUCGCGAUGUCAAUGUCAAAGCCGAUAGCGAUUUGUACGGUAUCAGCAACAUUUUGACGACAGCGGUCAGUCCCAGCCCUGGAUUAGACUCGGCCAAGGUGGUCAUUGUCACCAGCGACAAGGCAGCACCUCAGCCUAGCUGGCUCGAGACCCUGCGAAAAUCCAUAGCCCAGGCCGCCGAGAGUAGCCUUCUUCCGGAGAUAGUGUCCCUCGAGUCGCCGGGCCUCACGGCCGAGACGUACAGCUCCAAGCUCUGUGUAUUUUUGGGCGAACUUGACAAGCCCGUGCUGACUGGUCUCAACGCCGUCAACUUCCAGGCCAUCAAAACCCUGGCCUCAGGCUGUAAGGGCCUGCUUUGGAUCACCCGUGGUGGUGCAGUCGAGUGUAUGGACCCAGAUUCGGCGUUAGCUUCUGGUCUUGUUCGCGUCCUUCGCACCGAAUAUCUCGGACGCCAUUUCUUGACGCUUGACCUCGAUCCUCGAGCAUCUACAGAAGACAGAUCUAAGACGGACAUCGCGGCCAUUGUACAAGUACUGAUAUCUCGUCUUGCCGCUUCUGAUCUCCCGGCACCUAUCGAUAGCGAGUUUGCUGUGCGUGAUGGCCUCGUCCUAAUUCCAAGAAUAUACAAGGAUGUGGCAUGGAACGCGCUGCUGGAGCCGGAGAUACCUGACUGGGCUUCUCCGGAUUCCAUUCCCGAGGCGCCUCUCUUCCAGACAAAGCGCCCACUGCGCUUAGAGGUUGGCAUUCCCGGCCUCUUGGAUACACUCGCAUUCGGCGAUGACAGCGGAGCUGACAUAGCUCUGGCUGAUGACAUGGUCGAAAUUGAGCCCCGAGCAUAUGGCCUCAACUUCCGCGAUGUUAUGGUGGCCAUGGGACAACUCAAGGAGCGCGUCAUGGGCCUUGAGUGCGCGGGAGUUAUCACUCGUGUUGGCAGUGAAGCUGCCGCGCAAGGAUUCUCUGUUGGCGAUAAUGUCAUGGCUCUACUGCUUGGUCCCUUUAGCACUCACGCCCGGGUAACUUGGCAUGGGGUCACCAACAUGCCUCAGGGCAUGAGCUUCAGCGACGCUGCAUCACUGCCCAUGAUCUUCACUACAGCUUAUGUUGCCCUGGUCCAGGUGGCACGCCUUGGCCAUGGCCAGUCGGUACUUAUCCACGCUGCAGCCGGAGGUGUCGGGCAGGCGGCCGUGAUGUUGGCCCGGGACUAUUUGGGCGCCGAAGUGUACGUGACAGUCGGGUCCCCGGAGAAGCGAGACCUACUGAUACGCGAGUAUGGCAUUCCUUCCGAGCGCAUCUUUAAUAGUCGGGAUGCUUCCUUUGCCCCGGCGGUUUUGGCUGCCACGGGCGGACGGGGUGUUGACGCGGUCCUGAACUCACUUGGAGGCUCACUACUUCAGGCUAGCUUCGAAGUGCUCGCACCUUUUGGUAACUUUGUCGAGAUUGGCAAGCGAGAUCUUGAGCAGAACAGCCUAUUGGAGAUGGCUACAUUUUCGCGCGCGGUUUCCUUUACGUCGCUGGAUAUGAUGACACUAUUGCGCCAGCGCGGGCCUGAGGCACACCGCGUUCUCAGCGAGCUGGCCCGUCUCGCGGGCCAACAUAUCAUCAAGCCCGUCCACCCCGUCACCGUUUAUCCUAUGAGACAGGUUGACAAGGCCUUCCGCCUCAUGCAGACAGGAAAGCACCUCGGUAAGCUGGUGUUGUCGACUGAGCCCGAGGAGCAGGCCAAGGUCCUGCCGCGCCCAGCGACCCCAAAGCUCAAGCCUGAUGCAUCUUAUUUGCUAGUGGGAGGUGUUGGUGGUCUUGGAAAAUCGCUUGCCAAUUGGAUGGUGAACCACGGAGCUCGAAACAUCAUUUUACUGUCGCGAAGUGCCGGGAAGCAUGACAGUGGCACCUUUGUCACCCAAUUGCGCGAGGCCGGGGCCCAUGUUGCUGUUACUAGCUGCGACGUAUCUAAAAAGGAAGACCUGGCAAAGGCACUGCUUGUUUGUGAGAAAGACUUGAAGCUUCCUCCCAUCCGGGGUGUCAUCCAAGGCGCUAUGGUGCUGCAGGACUCGAUCCUUGAGCAGAUGAACAUAGACGACUGGCAAGCGGCCAUUCAGCCCAAGGUGGCUGGAACUUGGAACCUACACACGCAAUUCUCGCAGCGUGGCUCCCUUGACUUCUUCGUCAUGCUUUCCUCGCUCUCGGGCAUCCUCGGCUGGGCCAGCCAGGCUAGCUAUGCGGCGGGAGGCUCGUACCAGGACGCUCUGGCACGUUGGCGCUGCUCUUCUGGUCUGCCAGGUGUAUCUCUUGACAUGGGAGUCAUCAAGGACGUCGGUUACGUCGCUGAGUCGCGCACCGUGUCGGAUCGUCUUCGCAAGGUCGGCCAGUCAUUAAGACUGGCCGAGGACUCUGUGCUACGGGCUCUGGCCACAGCCGUCCUCCACCCCUUUAGUCGGCCCCAGGUCCUCCUGGGUCUCAACUCAGGUCCAGGCUCGCACUGGGACCCAACAAGCGAGUCCCAGAUGGGCCGCGAUGCCCGAUUCAUGCCCUUGAGGUAUCGAAAGCCUGCCGCAUCCCGUGCGCAAGCCGGCCAAGCCGGUAAUGACUCGGACUCAGAGCCCCUCUCCGCUAAAUUGCGAACAGCCGAAUCGUCUGAUGCGGCGGCAAGUCUUGUUGGUGACGCCAUUGCCGCCAAGCUGGCCGACAUCUUUAUGGUCCCUGUUGACGAGAUUGUCCUUGAUAAGCCGCCCUCGGUGUACGGGGUUGACUCACUCGUGGCUGUCGAACUAAGGAACAUGCUGGUACUGCAGGCCGCCUGCGACGUAUCAAUCUUUAGUAUUCUCCAGAGUGUGUCGCUGGCUGCGUUGGCGCUUGACGUCGUUGCCAAGAGUGCAUACUUUGAGAUUGCCGCAUAG